AUGGCUUCUUUUGCUAGACAUCUCCAUGAUGCCUUCUAUGCGUAUGGAUCGGCUCUAAGAAAAGCAGAUUCUCUUGAACCGGAUGGUCGAAAGAGCGCAAGUGUGAUGACAAAAGCAAUGCAAAACUCCUUCUUCGGACUGACUGGUAAGGUAACAUUUGACUCGAACAGCGUUAGGGUGCCGCUCUACGUAGUUUAUGGCAUAGAUAAAAAUGGUCAGCAACAGGCGUUUAUGAAAAUGUCUCUCUCCGAUGAGAUAAAAGUGAAUCUCACGCUUCUGUACACCGACGAAGCAACUUCGAUUUGGGAGACGAGAAAGGGGAUAAGACCUUUAACAAGGCCUCUGUGCGGUUACUCGGGAACAGAAUGCCCUCUGUCAUUCUGGAAUCAGUAUCUCGUCUACAUUAUAGCUGGAUCAUCCCUGGCGCUUGUUUUACUGAUAUCCCUGACUUGCUUGCUUAUUUUCACUGUGCGAGCGAGGAGAGCGGAACUGGCAAGGCUGAACGCUGAAUGGCAAAUACCUUCCGUUACACUUGUUCCAAUAAAGGUUGAUCGACGAAGCCGGCGAUCUCUCCAGUCUGGUCCUUCUACAGUGACAGGGGAUAGUGUAUUCGAUAACGAUAAGAGCAAGUAUGAGCUUUAUUCCAUGAACAAGGAAAUGGUCCUCGUCACCAAGCACACUCCGCUCCAACUCACCUCUGCUGAGAGAACGCUUUUUGUGAAGCUACGUAAACUUGAUCACGACAAUGUGAACAAAUUCAUUGGGAUGUCCAUCGACAGCAACCAGUUUAUGGUCGUGUGGAGAAUUUGCUCUCGCGGAAGCCUCCAGUCGAUAAUCGCCAAAGGCACGUUCACUUUUGACUCCUUCUUCAUCGUCUGUAUCAUUCGAGACAUCUCCGAGGGACUUUUCUAUCUACAUCGCUCGUUCGUUGGAGCAGUUGGCACACUGAGUUCCAGCACAUGCCUUGUCAAUGAUGGUUGGCAGGUCAAAAUUUCCUCUUAUGGAAUACCACACUGUGUUAAUCGUCAAGCACAGAAGGUGUCACUAUGGGUAGCUCCAGAGCACUUAGCUGAAUCACCUGUGGGAGAAUCAAAGCCAGGCGACAUCUACUCGUUUGCCAUCAUAUGCUCUGAAGUGAUUACUCGCAAACCUGCAUGGAAUAUCGCAGAGAGAGCUGAAAAUGUCGAUGAGCUGAUAUAUCGUAUUAAGAAGGGUGGUCUUGAGCCAAUACGUCCAGAACUAGCACUGGAUGGUGUGGAUGUCAGUAAUACUUUGAAAUAUCUACAAGUUAAGCUGAGUCUCGUAAGAGACUGUUGGAAUCAGAACCCUGCAAUUCGACCAGACAUCGAAUUUGUAUGUACUCAAAUAAGGGAAAUGAUGAAAACAUGGAAUAAAACCAAUUUGAUGGAUCAUGUCUUCGCUAUGCUCGAGGACUAUACCACAACCUUAGAAUUAGAGGUAGAAGACCGAACGAAGGAGCUGGCUGAGCAAAAACAAAAAGCGGACAUUCUGCUGGGGAGGAUGUUGCCGAGGCAGGUGGCGGAGCGUCUGAAACUUGGUCAGUCUGUAGAACCGGAAAGCUUUGACAGUGUCACUGUAUUCUUCUCGGAUGUCGUCAAAUUUACUCAGUUAUCCGCUAAGUGUACACCUUUCCAGGUUGUCAAUCUUCUUAAUGAACUUUAUAGUAACUUCGACGCUAUUAUUGAAGAACACGACGUCUACAAGGUUGAAUCUAUUGGCGAUGGAUAUCUUUGCGUUUCUGGUCUACCGGUUCGCAAUGGACAUGCCCAUAUCAAGCAAAUCGUGGAUAUGUCUCUUGCAUUUAUGGACUAUGUAAGGCAGUAUCGAUUUCGCCCUCUCCCAAGGGAGAGGGUAGAGCUUCGGAUAGGUGUGAACAGCGGAGCGUGCGUUGCAGGAGUGGUGGGACUCAGUAUGCCUCGUUACUGUCUCUUCGGUGACACUGUAAAUACAGCUUCCAGAAUGGAAAGCAAUGGGAAACCAAGUCACAUCCAUCUUUCUGGAUCGGCUCACACUUUGCUUGUUUCUACGUAUCCAUCCCAAUAUGAAACCCAACGACGAGGUGAAGUGAUCAUAAAGGGAAAAGGAGUGAUGGAAACGUUUUGGGUGUUGAGUCGGAACGACCGUCAUUCGCCGACUAUCGCGCAACAGGGUGAACAAGUUGAAAAGGAUGAAGAGGUGCAUGGAAUUCACACAAACACAACAUCAUCGAUCCACGAAAACGAGACGCUAUACACUGAGUAUAAACGAAAAUCUUGA